CAAAAUCUCAACUUGAACCUCUAAAUCACAUCAAAAGUCACAUAAACCCUAAAUCAAUGACUCGGAAACGUUUCAAUCCGUUAGAAGAUCCGCCGGCGGCUUCAUCAAGCGACGAAGAAGAUGAUUUGGAGACUUCAAUGGGAGAAGGUGAAGAAGAUAUCGCACGAAACUCUUCGUCGGAGGAAGAAGAUGACGUUUCUUCUAAAAAUCCAUCAGCUUUGAAGAACACAGUACUUCUCCUCGCCGCCCCAACUGAGAAGCUAGUUUCCGAUCCUGAAUCUGGAUCCGAUGAAGAAACCGAUACAGACUCCGAACCUGAGAAGAAAGAUCAGGUUGUGACUAAGCGUUCUCGUGAGACAGAUGAAGCAGCAGUGUCUACGGAUGUGAAGAGGGCUAAGAAAACUUCUUUCCAGCGACUUUGGACGGAGGAUGAUGAGAUUGCGGUUUUACAAGGUCUUGUUGAUUACACAAAAGAUACUGGGGUAAGUCCUUAUGAUGAUACAAAUAAGGUUUAUCAGUUGGUGAAAAAAUCUAUUAGCUUUGAUGUUAGUAAGAUUCAGUUUAUGGAAAAGCUUAGGACUUUGAAGAAGAGGUAUGAGAACAAUCUUGGUAAAGCCAAGGAUGGUGAUCAACCUACGUUUGUCAAACCUCAUGAUCGCAAGGCUUUUGAAUUGUCUAAGUUAGUUUGGGGAGGUAUUAGAAUGGUUCUUCAAUCGGGUAUGAAAUCUAAUGGGAAGUCGAAGAAGAGCAGUAAGUCGAAGAAAGUUGAGUCUGUGAAGCAUGAGUUUGAUUGUGAAGACGAUGUGACUAAUAAAGGAGAAGCAUCUUUGGUUGGUGCUUUGGAAAUGGAUACGCUUGUGAAGUCUUCUCUUGCUAGAUCGAUAGCGCGUUUUGGUCUGGAUGAACUUGUUGCUCAACAAGGAUUGAGUUUGCUUUCCUCAGAGGAUAAGAAGAGAUUCGAGGAGCAGUGGAAAGCGUUGCAGGUCAGGGAAUUCGAGUUCUUAUCGCAGAAGAGUGGUUUUCUUCAUAAAGUGGUAACAAAGAUGACUGAAGUGUCCCGAUCAAACGCCUAGAUAUUUCUAUGGAUUUUUGUUUUUGGUUCUGUCUCUUAUGCCUAGAACUCGGCUUUCUUUUUUCAUUUUAGUUUCUAUUGAUUCUUGAAAGAGCUCAUUUUGGAAUGUUGCGGAUUUAUCAAUAUAAUGGAAGGAAGCUU